AUGAUCUAUGAUACUACUAUUAGAGCCAAAAAUAUAGGAACUGUUUACAAAACAUUAAAAAUCAUACAAGAUUCAACAACAGAGUCAUUAAAUGAUAGAUUAUUAAAAGAAUCAAUAAAUAAGUUCGAUAUAAUGCAUAAUCUUACAUUCAUACUAUCGAGAAUUCAAAUUCUUCACCAAUCUAAUAUUCCAUAUGGAUUUAUUAAUGAAUUAUAUAUCACAAAUGAUUUCAAACUACAACCACUACCUCUUUUAUAUGAUAUUCCUGCCAUAUUCAUCAAUUCAUCAAGAAUGGAAUUAUUAUCAGUUCCAAAGCAGAGUUUUUCGCUAUCACAUGAUGUAUUUGACUUAGGAAAGCUAAUUUACACACUUUCAAAACAAGGCAAAGUAAUCUAUAAUAAUAUCGAAGAUAAUCUAAUUUCUGGAACACCAUUUCUAAUUAAAGAACUAAUGAACAAAGAUGAACGUCAGAGACCAAAGCUCGAUGAUGAAUUAGUUCGUAGAAUUUUAUAUUAUUUUGAAAACAGAUGA